AUGGUGAGCUCCGACUCGCGUGAUUCCUACCUCAAUGAAAAACCUGAACAAAACUCCGAUGUUUCACUUAUUCCGCCCGAAAUCCCAGAAAAACGCUCGCCGGCUAAAAAUCAACGUGAUUCCGGCUACAAUGAACUCAAUGAUCCCUCUUCCAUGCUCGGCACUCCUGAUCAAAUGGUCGAAAAAGUGCUAUCCCAACACGUCAAAAGCGAUUUUAUUGAAGCCUUUCUGUCCAGCUUCCGAACUUUCCUCGCGCUUGAAAAGCUAAUCGACGAACUUCUGAAACGAAUACGACAAGCAGAUACUUGCGCAUCAUCAAGUGGCAUUCCAGUACAAAUCCUUAUUCGCGUAGUAGACCAACUUGUAUACACUGAGCUCAACGACAAUAUAAAACAAAAACUUGACGAUGAAAUCUUUUGGAUGAUGACCCACAGGGAGAAGAACUUCCUCAACUACGCGAAGCAACUUCGCGAUAGUGCCCAAAGAGUAGUUAUCAAGAAAUCAAGAUCGGUUCAAAGACCACUUUCGAUGGGCGCUCUGGUCGACAAUGAGUACGAGGCGCUAACAGAGAAGCUCAGGCUUGACGGAAGCAAAUUCCUAGAUUACACAUCUGAAAUAUUCGCCCAGCAUCUUUGCAUACUCGACGCCGACUUUUACCGAAGCAUCGAGCCUUCAGAAUUCGUCUUGGCUGCCAUGUCCGAAACUCAAGACUCUCAGAAGACUCCCAACUUCUCAGCUGCCGUUGAUCACUUCAACUCUGUUUCUUAUUGGACCCAAGGGCUCAUUCUAUCGCAAAAUGCCCCUGGAAAAGAAGCAACUGAUCUGCGGGAGCGGAUCCUAAACAAUUUUUUCAAAAUUCUGUCUCACUUACGCAAACACAACAAUUUCAACUCGUACUUCGCAGUGGUUGCUGGCGUUUCAUCAAAAGCAGUCACCCGGCUUCAUUGGAAAUCAUCGAUUCAAGAAAAAAUCCAAGAAUUUCAAAAAAUUACCUCUGUCGACAAAAACUUUGUCAACUAUCGCCCAGUCCUAAAAGAUUCAGAACUGCCAUGUGUUCCCUAUAUUGGAAUCGUUAGACAAGAUCUUUACCAGGUUCAUUUGCGAGAAAAACCUAUGAAGGAUGGAAUGGUUAAUUUCGACAGAGUAAUGAGAAUCCACAAACUGUUAGAGCAGACGCGUCGUUUCAGAGAGUCCAAAUACGACUUCCAAAAGUCCGCAGAUAUUGACAGGCGGUUCUGCGGAUUCCAGUCGCUCCAAGACGACGACAAGCUCUGGGAGAUGUCGUACCUCAUUCGCCCACUUGCUGACCCCUAA